AAUAAAUUGGGGAUUUUGAGAUAAACUUCGUAUCUUUUUCUUUCUCAAUACCAUCUCACUCUGCAUUGCGGCUAGGGUUUCACCAAACCCUCUCUCUCCCACUUUCUCUCACUAAAUUCACCCUUCUUCUCAAUCAAACAUGUCAAAUUCCAACUGGAAUUAACUUCUUAUCACUUGCAAAACACUAAUUUUCAUCCAAGGGUUCUUUACCGCCACAAGAAAUCACAGAAAUGGCCACCGCCAACCCUUUCGAUUUGCUCGGAGACGACGAUAACGAUGAUAUUUCACAGCUUGCUCAGAAGAUCGUUUCUGCACCGGUCAAGAAACCUCAAGCCGCUCCGGCUGCCGGUAAAACGGCGGCUCAGCCGGCUAAGCCUGCCGCCAAGCUUCCAUCCAAGCCUCUUCCUCCGGCUCAGGCCGUGAAAGAGGCCAAGAAUGAAGCCUUGCGUGGAGGACGUGGUGGUGGUCGUGGGUAUGGGCGGGGUCGUGGUGCUGGUGGGUUUAAUAGAGACUCAGGCAGCAAUGAGAAUUCAUUCGGUAACCGAGGUGCCAUUGAGGAGUCUGAUGGUGGGAAAGGCUAUGGGAGACAAGGUGGGGGUGGUUAUGGCGGUCCUCGUGGUGGUUUCCGAGGUGGUCGUCGCGGCGGAUUCAGUAAUGGAGAUGCGGAGGAUGGUGAUCGUCCACGCCGUCCUUAUGAACGCCGCAGUGGCACAGGCCGUGGGAAUGAAUUCAAGCGUGAGGGAUCAGGUCGUGGGAACUGGGGAAGCCAGGCUGAUGAAAUUACUCAUGAUACUGAAGAGGUGGUGAAUGAAGGCGAGAAAACGGUGGAAACUGACAAGCCGUUGACCGAGGAAGAGUCAAAAGAUGAGAAAAAGGAGAAUGUUGCAAACGAAUCUGAGGAGAAGGAGCCUGAGGAUAAGGAGAUGACUCUUGAAGAAUAUCAGAAGGUUCUGGAGGAAAAGAGGAAAGCUCUAGAAGCACUUAAGACUGAAGAAAGGAAGGUGGAAGUCGACAAAGAGCUUGCAUCCAUGCAACAACUUUCCAACAAGAAGAGCAGUGAUGAGAUCUUCGUUAAACUGGGAACUGACAAGGAUAAGCGUAAAGAGAUUGCUGAGAAAGAAGAGAAAGCUAAGAAGUCUCUUAGCAUCAAUGAGUUCCUGAAACCUGCUGCUGGUGAAAAGAGUUACACUUCAGGUGGGCGUGGGCGUGGACGUGGUGGUCCAAGAGGUGGUGGACGGUACAACCAAGGUGGUUCAUCAAGCUAUGCGCCUGAAGCCCCAAAAAUUGAAGAUCCGAGCCACUUCCCUACUUUAGGUGGCAAGUGAGCUCACCUUUCUGACCUGUCAUCAUCUUUUCAACACUUGGCAAAAACAUACUAGAAUAAUGGAGUUCUAUGUAUUCUUAGAAGUGUACAUUUCUUUUGUUUUUCCAUGUGUGCCCUUGUAUGUGUGAAAGUCUUACUGUUUUAGAGGCGUGUUGGGUCUUUUCUUUUCUUGUUUUUUUUCUUUUUUUUGUUAUUAUCAUGUGGUUUAGAGAUUUUGGGGCUAUUAAUUGUUACCUUGAGAUACUUUUUUCCUCAGUUUUGUUCUGGAAUUAGAUGGAUGACAGUUUUAGUGUUUU